CAUUACUCAUCCCUAGAUUCCACUCGUUUCUAGACCGCAUUCUCGUUUCCUAACCGUUAUUCUUGGAGGCGCCUCUUGUCCCUAAAUCUUCGGGCGUUCCUCUAGGAUAUUCUCGAUUCUCAUAUACCGGUACCAUUUGAAGCCUCCUGAAAUAAUGGUUGAAGCCGGCUGUCUCUCCUAAAUUCUGGAUAUUCUCGAUUCUCAUACACCAUUUGAAUCCUCCUGGAUUUCUGCUCGUGACCGCGACAGCGCGGUGACCUCUCGCCACCCUGAUUCGCGCACUCCUACUCCUGCCGCUCCUCUCCCUGCCAUACAAUCUGCAAAUCUUGCGCGCGCUCCCUUUCCCCUUUCCCAACGCAUCCGGCGUACAAUCUGCGCUGCGCCUCCCCUUCCCCCUCUCCCCCUUUCCCAGCGCAUCCGCCUCCCCCCAUCACUUCCCCCAUGGAUGAGACCGACUUUCUUAAAGCCCUGGCGCUUUACCCCACAGUCCGCUCCCGCGAUUUCAACGAGAACGACCUCCCAGCCGCCGCCGCUUCAUCUCAGCCGUCCGAUUCCCAAAAAACAAACUCCAAAAAGGCUGGGUCUCCCAGUGAGGAACCUUCGGCGCAGCAACCAGAGACAGAUGCCGCGAGCCUAGGAUUUGGAGAAGGGCAGGGAAGCUUCGAAGCAGCUCCUAGGUCGUUCUGGGACGUGCUACAGGAGCGGGUGGAGGCUCUCUUGCCGCCGCGGGACGCGGUGGCGUUCUGCGACGCGUUUAAAGAGUUCCACGAGGAGCUUAUAGAGCAGCGGCUGUCGUUGGAUGACAUUAGAAGGAUCGGCAAGCAUGGGAAGCUGCAGGUGGUUUAGCUAGUGGGGUGCCGUGGAAGCUCCACGACAAGCAUAUAGAGCAAGGAUUGUCUCGCAUUAGGAGGAGCUCUCGUUUAAAGAGCUCGUCGUGUCUUUAGAUGGCAUUAGGAGGAGUGCCACGCAUGCAAAGGAAGGCGGAGGUAGGUUAAACCCAGGGCGGGAUUGGCUGUGCGGCAUCACUCACAGGAAUUCCCCAGGGAUUCCCAACCAACGGGUAGGAGGGAUGAGGCAGCUGUUGCGACAUUUGGGACUGGGACACCGGGGGGGAAAGGGUGGAGUGGAGGAGUGGAGGAGUGGAGGAGACCCUCUUGCCACCAAGGGGUGCCUUGGUGCGUUGCAACGCGAUCAGUGGGUUGUAGAGCAGCGGUUGUCGUUGGAUGUCAUUAGGUUAGGAGGAUGGCCAAGCGGGGGAGGCUGAGUACAGUUUAAUGCACGAUGGAAUGGUCUUGCAGGAGAGGCGCCGCUUAUUCAGCAAAGGUUGUUAUUGGGUUGCCAUCGCCAAGCACGGGAAGGUGGCGGGUGUCUUAAGCAAGAUGGAAUGGUCUCGCAGGGGCUGCCGGGAGGCGAAGACGCAUGAAGAGGAGACUCCCUUGCCAUGCCACCAUUGGAUGCGUUCGCUUGUUGAGCAAAGAUUGUCGUUGGAUUGGAUUGGAUUGGAUGACAUAAGAAGUAUAGUUGAGCAAGGGAGGCUGCAGGUGGUUGCGCCCGCCCUUGCUGUUCUAGUCAAUGGUUCAACGGGUGGAGGGAGUGGAUGGAGGGAGGGACCCCUUGCCGCCCAGGGAUGCCCUGUUUUGAGGCGCCUCAAAACUAGACUCCUAUCACGCGGAUUUUGAGGCGCCUCAAAACUAGACGGGUGGAGGGAGUGGUUGGAGGGAGGGACCCCUACAUCAGGGAGGGAUGCCCUGGCCUGACCUGGCAUUUUGUGACUCAUUCAAACUUCAAGAGGUUCUCAAGGAGCUUGUUUAUCAGAUGUUGUCAGUGGAUGACAUUAGA